UGGGUUUUCUCCGGGCACUCCGGUUUCCUCCCACAUCCCAAAAACAUGCAUUAAUUGGAGACUCUAAAUUGCCCGUAGGCAUGACUGUGAGUGCGAAUGGUUGUUUGUUUCUAUGUGCCCUGCGAUUGGCUGGCAACCAGUUCAGGGUGUACCCCGCCUCCUGCCCGAUGAUAGCUGAGAUAGGCUCCAGCACGCCUGCGACCCUAGUGAGGAGAAGCGGCUCAGAAAAUGGAUGGAUGGAUGGAUAGCUAUAACACUUUGGCUAAUCGUCAUUGAUUGGUCCUCACCGAAGCAACACUUGCGGAAAAGACGGCCUUUGGCAGGCUCAAGAGAGCGUGUUGCCUUACCUUGGCCCUCGGCAACACACCUCCUUCCAUCACACUAUGUGGUUGCUAAGCAACAGAACUCCGUGGGGGGCUUUUGAAUUAGUAGUGAGAAUACUUAGCACACGGUGUUCUAGUAAAGCUGCAACUUACUACUUUUGUCCAUCGGGCAAUGGAAGACCUGUAAAUUAGAGAAACAUAAACAUGUACACUCAAUAAGCUCAUUUAGUGAUGUUUUUAAAGUCUUAAAUAGAAGAGCAUGGGUGGUGUACAAAAGACAUAGUGGUGUGCAAAUGUUUAUGUGUGGGUGGCUUCCUUCAGCCUCCUUCAGGCUGUAACCUCCUUUUCUGUGCAACACAACAAUCUCACCAAUAUUUAACUGGACCCUCCUUUGCAUUCAUCUUGUAACUAGUCUGUCAAACACAUUAAAUUUGCAGAGAAGAUUCAUUUGUUAUCUUUUCACACUGAGCUUUCUUUAUACUUGCUGUUUCCAAAUACACAUUGUCGAAUGUUAAUGUGACACAUCCAUUUUGUGCAUUACUCACCUGCCCUUCAGAAUCUGAUUAUAUCUCGAGAUACUAUUGCACAUCCCAUUGUUGAACCGCCCUGAAUGAGGUGUUAAUGACUAUGAAUUGAUGAUUAGAUGAGAGCCGAACAUAGAUUUUUGCCCUCACAUUACCACUCACCACAAGAACCCGAGCGUGGUUUCCAGGGAAACUGGAAAUGUGAAGCUUUUCAGCAGGCACAGUAGCCACAGCUUCAAGAGCGACGACUGCCUCAGACAGAUUCUUCUACAGACAAACGUGUAGCCACAGCAGUCAGGAUCAGUCAAGAGCAGAGAGAUCGAAGACCUUACAUAAAAGGAGUCCAUCAACAUGAAGUUUGGACCAUGUUUGACCUGAGUCUGACAGAUUGUCUUGCGAAGGCUUCUUUAGUCUGAUUCGACUGCUGAGAAACAUCUUCCACAGGACAAAAUGGGAAGUCUUAAGGAUGAGAUGAGAAAUUUUGGUAAAGAGAAUGGUGAGCGAUCAGAUGAAGACCCCGUGGCUGAAGGACCUCUCAUGAGCGCCAAUCAAGAAUCAACAGGUCGAGGAGGCAGUCAGACAGAACUGCUCCAUAAUGUCAGCCCCGCUGAUGAUCAUGACAGCUGUUUGGAGAAAAUGGAGGACGCACAAUCAGGGAAGGUUUGUGGUAAUAGUCUGCAGUCAGAUUUUAUAAGUGUGAAAGACAGUGAACAGACUGAUGCUGUCCAUUUGAAACAACAAUCUGAGGGUGACAGAACAACAGCUGCGGAUGGGCCCAGCCACCGUGGAGAUGAUAUAAUUCAAAUCAUUGACAACACAGCUGAGGACAAAGUCUUGUUUUCUUUGCCAUCAACUGCGGAGCCCUCUGACCCAAAUUCCCCUGCACCUUUUGGGCAGCACCAUAUGCGUACGCAGGUCAGCCUGGAGGUGGUCCAAUGUCACUCAGCUGCCACGAGCCCCAUGACCCCUCCUGAGGGGGAUCAUUCCUUCAUCUUCCCAAGCUCCUUCAGGAGACCUGGAGCUGAUGCUGAAAUGCAGGUGGGUCGCCAAGUGGAGUUCUGCUCCGUGGCCACAUCUCCCAUGACUCCAAAGACACCAUCGACCACGGCUUUUCCAGCACUCACUGGGAGGGAUGGAAGUGGUACGCAAAUGAUUACUCCCACAGCAAAAUUUCCAGCAGAAGCCGCUGUUCCAUUACAGUCACAAGUGGAGGCUAGCAAUCACCAGUGUAAGCAACAACGGAUGGGGAGUAUGGACCAAGAUAUUACCAUCUUAGUGACCCACUACGAUAACGACAAGGUGGAAGAGAAAGCGCGGGAGGAGUCGUCCUGUUAUUCUGUAGAGAUGAUCAAGAUAGUUGAAAAUGACAAAAAGGAUUUUAAGAGGGAGGAAAAGGUCUCCACAGAAAGUGAUGGUCCUGAUCAGAGAUCAAACACAAAACCUGCUCAAAAACAAAUCCAAGCAAGCGAGACAUCAGUAAGCCCGAACCAAACAUCAAACAUCAUCAUAGACAUAAAACAAGUUAUACACGAGGAGAAGGAAGUGUCAAAGCCGCCCGUCCCAGAAUCUCCAGCUCCUGACGGCUGCCACAACAUCCGCACACAGGUGAGUUUGGAAGUGGUGCAGUGUCACUCUGUGGCCACCAGCCCUAUGACCCCUCCUGAAGGCAACCACGCCUUCCACUUUCCAAGUCAUUGCCAAAGAAACGCGAGCCGGACGACAAAUGCAAAGAUAGAAGUGGGUCAGCAAGUGGAGUAUCGCUCUGUUGCUACUGCACCUAUGACGCCGAGAACGCCCACAGUUAUGACUUUUACUGAGAUCAGAAAAGAAGCCAGUACAGGGAAGAACAAUGAUGAGCAGGAAGAGGACGAGAAGGUGAAGGAGGAAAAGGAAGAAGUAAUUGAGGAAAAUGUGGUGAAAGAAGCUGAAGAGGAAAAUGACUGCAAGGAGAAGAGUGAGGAGGUGGUGCAGGAGGUGAGCUGGGACGAGAAGGGCAUGACGUGGGAGGUGUACGGGGCAGUGGUGGAAGUUGCGGUGCUGGGCUCGGCCAUCCAGAAACACCUGGAGAAACAGGUGAAGAAGCAGAAGAGCCAACCCUCGCUGCCUCCCCCUCCGCCCCUCAACCCCUCGGCCACACCGCUGGCCUACGAGGCGGCCCAGGGAGGGUCGGCCAGGUGCCGGGAAGGGAAGACGAGAGAGCGGGACGACAAAGUGGCCCGUAACAGAAGAAACCCAUUUCGGCUUCUGAUGGAGAACAUGCAGCAGCCACAUUGUUGCUCUCGAGCGCACACCACGGAGUAAUUUAUGAAAAAGUUCAUGACUAUCCAUCAAUCCAUCUAUUUUCUACCACGUACCAUGUUCAGGGUCUUGAGUGAGCUGGAGCCUACCCCAGGUGACUUUGGGGCGAAGGGUGGCAAGGGGUCUGCAUGAUACCUCAUGCCUUGGCCGUGUAUUUGGUGGACUUUCAUUCAAAUGAUAAUUUGGAACAGCCAAGGUUGAACACAAUCCAUUCCAUGAUGCUGUCUGAUUUUCAAGUUCUUCUAAUUUGUUUUAAAAAACAUUUUUUUUAAAACAUACACAUGAACUUAAUUUGACCUCCUCUAAACUUUUGAAUCCACAUGUCCAAAUGUUCAAACUUGCUGUUCUCUGACAAAGAACAGCAAAAUUCACACCAGGUGUUUGAUCUAUGAAUCGACCAAUAAACUUCCUCGUUCAAGUAGAUUUGGUAUUUAAAUAGUCCUCUUCAUCAUGCUGUUAACUGUUUGACGUUAUGAGACCAAGACGACACGUAAAAAUUGAUUAGCAGUACCUCGCCAUUGGGAGGCUUCAAAUAAGAUCUUCUCAGCAGGAAAGGGCCACUCAAUUUAUAGAGUACCAAUAGCAGGUUGCAACAGAGAGAGAGACUGGAAGAGUCAAUUUUUUUCCAUUUUCAACACCGCUUAUCCUGGUUAGGGUCACGGGGCGCUGGAGCCUAUCCCAGCUGACUUCGGGUGAAAGGCGGUGUACACCCUAAACUGGUCGCCAGUCAGUCGCAGGGCACAUAUAGACACGGACAACCAUUUGCACUCACAUUCACACCGCCACUGAGUGGGAACUGAACCCACGCUGCCCGAACCAAAGUCAGUCGAGUGUACCACUACACCAUCAGUGACUGGAAGAGUCACAGAAAGGCAAAGAAGUGGACUUCUUUCCAAAACUGUUGUGAAUUUUGUCAGUCAACUUUUUGGAAAACAUUGAGCUUUGCAAAAAGUACGGAAACAUUGAACAGUUGCACAUGUGCAUUCAAUAUUUUAGAGAAGGUCAUAUUAAGUUCACCUGUAAAGGUUAGAUUACAUUUUAAGUUAAUCCUGAAACAUCCCUGUCUUUUUGUGAGUAGUGUAUAAUAUAACAUGGGUCUCUGAUAGUAUAGUGGUCCACACAAUUGACUUUCAUGCAGGCAGCAUGGGAUUUAUUCUCGCUCAGUGAUCUUGGGUGUGGAGUGAGUGUGAAUUGUCUAUUUAUAUGUGCCCUGUGACUCGUUGUUGACAAAUCUGUGGUAUGAUUUGCGUUUUGCCCAACGUCAGCAGCGAUAUACUCCAGCUUUGCUGCGGACAGGCUGAAACUUUCUACAGGCGAUUUUUUUGAAGUACCAUUUCAGCAUUCUUAACUGUCAUAAAAUUGUUAAGAGAUUUUAACUGCUACAGUAUAUGUACUGUAAUGAAUGGAGAGAGAACAAUGUCACAUGGUGUUAUAUAUUACAUUGCUGAAAUUACUGCGUUUAUGUGUUUCUCUCAGUAACAAUCUAGGGCGUAGUCUGCCUUUCGUCUGAAGUCAGCUGUGGUAGGUUCCAGCUUCCCAAGCCCCUGAACAGGAUAAGCGGUAUAGAAAAUGGAUGGAUGAAUAGUGUCUGUCGGCAGGCACUGUAAAAAGACAUUUUGAGCUACAUGGUUGCUUUGCCAGUAUUUGUACUGCAUGUAAUGUAUGCUCAAUUGUUGCUUGUGAAAUCCUGUGAGCUUAUGUUCUCAGCGCAGUAAAAAUGUGCCGUUUGUUGGCAAGUUUCUCUGGUCAUUUUCACGCUAGUCAUUGCUAUUAACCAUUAUGCUUACAGCAUGCUAUACAUGCUAUACGUUACAUUCGCAUCGGCUCCAAAAUUGGGUUGAACUCCAAAUUGCGCAACUUAAUGGCGCGUUCAAUUUAGGAGGUUCCACUGUAUUAUGUUAAUGUCAUUGUUGCUAUUGCUAUUCUCCUUAAAUACCCAUGCCACACACUGCUAUUUCUACUGUCGAUUUAUAUAUCUGAUUUUAUUGAUAAAGCACAUCAUACAUUGCAGAUAAAAGCAUGGCAGAAAGUUGCCACGUCAAACCAGCUGCAUGGACGGAGCUGGAAAACAGAGUUACAGCCUAGCGCUCAAUGAGUUUCAUGCUGUUAAAUGAGGGCAAGUUGUGUGUUGGGUGUGAACUUCAAAUCUAAAUGUUGUGUGAGAGACUCCCCAAUGUCAGCGAAGGCUUUUGUGUAGUGUCUUGUACUCUGCUUUUCAAUCUGGCGUUUGUUUUGUGGGAACGUAGAUAAAUGCAUCAAUCAGAGCACAAAAGCACAAUCAUGAUCAGAAGUUAAGACUUCAGCCAUGCGAGUCAUUCUCGCAGGCAAUUUUGCCAUUUAU